AUGCAAAUGGAGAAGUGCAGGUCAUUUUCCCACUACUCAUCACGGUUCGAUUUCAAAGAUGAGCCCGACCCGUAUGCAUUCAACGGGCCAAACUCGAAAUCACUGGAUGACCCGGAACUGAAGAGGAAGAAACGGAUUGCCUCGUACAACAGUUUCAACGAAGCUUCAACCGUACAGGCCCGACUCGAGUCCCUCUUCACUAGGAGCAAAGAAAGUGAGCCCACCAGCUUGGCCAUGGGGAAUAAUACAAAUCUCCCGUAUCAGGGUACCAACCAAACCGUUGCCAGCCUCUACAAUAAAUAG